ACUAGGCAUCUACAAUGAUGGUAUCCGGUAGGGAAAUCACAAUUUGAUUGCCAAAAUGGAGUAAGCACUGUCAUCCUCCAGUGGACUGUACUCGUUUAGAGAUCUGAACGUGCUGUCGCCAUAGGAGCACUUUGAGAAGAUCUGUGUUUGGUGUUGGAGGAUUCCUGCUAGCACGUUAGCUGCCUAGCUCAGGUAGAACUUACCUCCAUUUCUACAGCUACCUAGCAUAGCCUCAGCUACCUAGCAUAGCCUCCGCUACCUAGCAUAGCCUCCGCUACCCAGUUUAGCCUCAGCUACCUAGCUUAGCCUCCGCUACCUAGCUUAGCCUCCGCUACCUCCUAGCAUAGCCUCUGCUACCUCCUAGCAUAGCCUCCGCUACCCAGCUAAGCCUCAGCUACUCCCACUACCUCUCCAUCAGCUCGGAAACAGGUGCUAAAGCCCAGCAUGGAUCCCUUGGAGCCAUCAGGCCCUGAUGCCGGCGCUCAGGAGGUCAAUCCAGUCUACCUCCAGCAGCUCCGGGAGCUGGACAUCCCCGAGGAGGCCGCCAAGCAGGCCCUCCUGCACACCAGAAACGUGUCUGCCGAGGAGGCAGCCAUGUACUACUUCAACAAGCUGGAGAACGAGGAGGAGGGCGAUGAUGACCUCGCCUUCAAGAUGGUGUUCGUAGUGAACAUGGACCUCGCCAUGGGCGUGGGAAAGGUAGCGGCCCAGGUGGGCCAUGCAGCCGUUGGUCUGUAUCAGGCUCUGCAAGGCAAGAACAGCUGGAGAGAGAUGGCAUGGAAAUGGGACCAUAGUGGGGCCAAGAAAGUGGUGGUCCAAGGCACCAACAUGGCUCACUUGUUGGAGCUGCAAGCCCUGGCCAUGAGCCUCAGCCUGCCUACUUACCUGGUGCAGGAUGCAGGGCUUACCCAGGUGGAGUCCGGAUCACGCACUGUCCUGGCCAUAAUGGGCGAGGAUGAGAUGGUCAAUAAUGUUACUGGGAGUUUGAAACUGCUCUAAGGAAUUGGCUACCCUCUGUGGAACAGCAUAGCUAUAUGCAGUGCUACAUCUGCGACCAACAGAGGGCAGCAAUCACAAGAAGAAGGGUAUGUUUCGCAGACGGCGCUGGUCAACAAGACAUUUCCCAACACCAGACCACCCAAAACGCAACCAUUUUUGUGUUAGCUGCUUGCUCGAGCCACAAUAUGUAAACGUUUAGAAGGCACAUAGAAAUUAAUUGGGCCCCCUACAAAAAAGCAAUGAUAACACCACAGGAAGUUGUUACUUUUCCUGUCACAAUGUAUCAUUGUCACAUGGUGGCCCCAGAGCCAUCUUUAGAUAACAUUAUAUGCUAAUGCAUAUAAUCUAGGAAAUGCCUCAGAUGAGUUCAACCACUGCAGCCUAAAGAAGGGUGACGAUAUAAUGUGGAAGUAAGAUUGUUUGCAUUGGAACUUUGCAUGCUCUGGCACACAAUUGUCGAUUAUCGAAGGGUUACAGAAAGAAAAGUCUUAUGUGUUAAUAUAAUCCACACCAUCUUGUCUAGUGUUGCAGCUGAUGAAAGCUCAUUCAAGCUUCAUGAAAUAAAUGCUAGAAUAAGGGUAUGACUUAUUAACCCCACAAAGAGGGUAAUUUUUGAUGUUUAAAAUGUAUAUGGUAUGCAAUGGUUUGCCCAAAGAUUUGUGCCCCAUAGAAAUGGUCACGUUGUUUAAAAUGCUGUGUUUCUGUUUACAUAUCUGUUACCGCCAUAUAUUGUAUAUGUGAUGUGCUGUCCUUGAUGUUCUGUACAGUAGCUGGGCCCACAUUUAAUUUUGUCUGGUAUAGUUGAUUUACUUUCCUAUAUUUGCAGGACCACAUAUAGGCCUACAAAAAAAAAAAAAAAGCUAGAAAAUGGUCGUCCUGCAUUGGAUGGUUUAUUAUC